CAGCUUAGCAGAUCAUGGAGAACCUCACAUACAGCUGCUACCUGUUGUUGCUAGCUCUUAUUCCGCUUGUAUACUUUGUUAGAAUCGGUAGACCAAAUUCCCUUAGAAACUCUACCGACAACCCUUGUCUGAGGCUCCCUCCUGGCCCAUGGGAGCUUCCCGUCAUUGGCAGCGUCCACCACCUUUUCAGUGCCCUCCCACACCGAACUCUACGUGACCUCUCACGCCGUCAUGGCCCUCUCAUGCUCCUCAAGCUCGGCAAGGCUCCUGUAAUCGUCGUCUCCGGUGCCGAUGCUGCCAAGGCGGUCAUGAAGACCCAUGACAAUGUCUUCAGCACAAGGCCAAUGAGCUCAGCUCUCAAAGUCGUCCUCAAGUAUGGCAACGGGAUAUCGUUUUCCCCGUACGGUGAGGAAUGGCGUCAACUUUGCAAGGCUUGCGUUGUCGAGCUGCUGAGCGCUGAGCGCAUUCAGUCUUUUUGGCCCGUCUGUGACGAGACCAUGCGACUCAUCAAGUCAGUCCUCUCAUCAUCAUCAUCAUCAUCAUCAUCAUCGGAGCCGCUUGUGAAUGUGAGUCUGAUGAUCAACCGGUACGUGUCCGAUGCAACAGCGCAUGCCUUCAUGGGUUACCGGUUGAAGGACCAGGACACCUUCAUCCAUUAUGUUGAUGAGCUAUCCGGUUUGGUAGCCGGAUUCACCUUACACUUGUUCCCAUCAUCGAGGCUAGCACGCGCUCUAAGCAGCACGCUGCGCAGGACUAAGGCCACCCGGGAUACCGUUUUCACGUACCUGGACCAUGUAGUAAGUGAGCAUCACGAUAGGCGGCAGUCUUCGUCUGAGAAAGACGAUGGUCACCAAGACCUCAUAGAUGUCCUCCUGCAGAUCAAAGCCGACAAAGGCGACAACCUUCAGGUCCCUCUGACCAAGGACAUGAUCAAAAUAGUCACUUUUGAACUUCUUACAGGCGGGAUCGAGGGGCCAUCAACGACGAUGAACUGGGCCAUGGCAGAGCUUAUGCGGAACCCGAGUGCCAUGUCCAGGGCACAAGCCGAGGUCAGGCGAGUCUUCAUGGGGCAAAACAAGGUUAUAACCCAGGAGGGCCUAGCCGAGCUGCCCUACCUCAAUUGCGUCAUCAAGGAGACCAUGCGAUUACACGCUCCUUCACCAUUACUGCUGCCAAGGCAAUGCCAGGAACAAUGCAAGAUACUCGGCUACGACGUGCCCAAGGGUGCUACGGUGCUGGUGAAUGCUUGGGCCAUCGCCAGAGACCCUGAAUACUGGCCAGAACCAGAAGCGUUCAUGCCGGAGAGGUUCCAAGGCAGUCUAAUCGAUCCCAAAGGUAACAACUUUGAGUAUACGCCAUUCGGUUCCGGGCGAAGGAUGUGCCCCGGGAUGCAUUUCGGUCUCGCGCAAGUCCAGCUAGUUCUCGCAAGCCUUCUGCUUUACUUCGAUUGGGCUCUCCCGGAUGGCAUUCUUCCCGGUGAUUUAGACAUGGCAGAAACCUUUGGAAUCGUCGCUAAGAGGAAGGAGGAUCUGCUGCUGCGUGCAACUCCCCGGGUACAGCUUCCCUGCUGAUUUCCCAGAUCGAUCUACGCGUUAUAUAUGUAGUUUUCUUGUCAUGAAUAAAGCCAUCUCAUUCUCAUUGGCUAGCUCUUCAAGUUCAAGUUAUUGCAUCAACUUCUUCCAUGUGUAUUUGUUUCCAGUUGUGUGGCUCUUGUUUCAAACAAUA